AUGCCUGGUCUCGAUCGUUCAUUAAUAGAAUAUCGAUUAGCAUUAAAACCUAAUACUCGACCUGUGAAGCAAACCCCAAGACGUUUUGCUCCUGAAAUCAAUGUGAAAAUUAAAGAAGAAAUAGAACGCUUGAUCAAAGCAAAAUUUAUUCGAACUACACGUUAUCUAGAGUGGGUAUCAAAUAUUGUCCCUGUGAUGAAGAAAAAUGGGAAGUUAAGGGUGUGCAUUGAUUUUCGAGAUUUGAAUAAUGCCACUGCAAAGGAUGAGUACUUUAUGCCGAUUGCAAAUAUGUUAAUUGAUUCUGCAGCAGGAAAUGAAAUUCUUAGUUUCAUGGAUGGUUAUUCUGGAUAUAACCAAAUUUUCAUUGCGGAAGAUGACGUAGCUAAAACUGCCUUCCGUUGUCCUGGGGCAUUAGCAUUUGAAAAUACUAUAGGGUGUAUGUUAGCUCAAGAUGAUGAAAACGGGCAUGAACGGGCAGUUUAUUACCUUAGUCGAGUUUUAACCGAUAUUGAGACAAGGUAUUCCCCGAUCGAAAAAUUGUGUUUGUCACUAUAUCAUGCUUGUAUGAAGUUAAAAUGUUAUAUCGUGGCUAAAUCAGUGAAAGUUAUAGCGCAAACCGAUCUUAUUAAAUAUAUGUUAAGUUUUCCUAUAUUGAGAGGACGUUUGGGGAAAUGGAUGCUAGCGUUAACAGAAUUUGAUUUACAGUAUGUCCCAGCAAAGACUGUUAAAGGACAGGUCAUUGCAGAUUUUCUUGUAGAUAAUUCGAAAGAUCUGCAUGAUCAGGGAAAAAAUAUAGUUGAUGUAGAAGUCAACUAUUGGAAAUUGUAUUUCGAUGGAUCUAAGAAUAAAGAUGGUGCAGGGGUUGGAAUUCUCAUUAUCUCACUGGAGGAUAUCCCAUCAGAGUUCUUGUUCGAAUUAAAGUAUCCUUGUUCCAAUAAUGUAGUUGAAUAUGAGGCUUUGAUUUUGGGUCUUGAAAUUUUAAUCGAAAAAGGAGUUUUAGAAGUCCAAAUUCUAGGAGAUUCACAAUUAGUUUUAAAGCAGUUGUCGAAGGAGUUUAAGUGUAAUAAUGAGAUGUUACAAAAAUAUUUAGUAACUGCUUGGGAGUUAUUGACGUCUUUUCAAAAAGUUUCUUUGGUGCAUAUCCCUAGAAUUCAUAAUGAAAUUGCUAAUGAGUUAGCCCAAAUUGCUUCAAGGUAUCGGGUCGGCCCAGAGACUUUUAGAAAAUUAUCUGGUAUCCAUCAAAUUUUGGUACUAGCAAAUGAAAGAGAGGUCUUGUGUAUAGAUGGAUGGGAGGAUUCUGAUUGGAGAAAGACUAUUGCUCUUUAUUUAAAGGAUCCCAAUGUUGCAGUUGAUAGAAAGAUAAAAUUACGAGCAAUGAAUUUUGUCUUAUUAGCUUAUGAAUUAUACAAAAAAGGGAUUGAUGGGAGUUUGUUAAGAUGCUUAAGUCGAGAUGAUCAAAGCAUUGCUUUGGAUGAAGUCCAUAAUGGAAUAUGUGGUGCCCAUCAGGCAAGGAAGAAGAUGAGAUGGGUAUUGUAUCGAAACCAUGUAUAUUGGCCAUCUAUGAUAAAAGAUUGUAUUGAUUAUGCAAAGGCAUGCUUGGAAUGCCAAAAGCAUGGUUCAAUUCAACAAAUUCCAGCAUCUGAAUUACAUUCGAUAAUAAAGCCAUGGCCAUUUAGAGGUUGGGCUUUGGAUUUAAUUGGAUUAAUUCAUCCUCCUUCAUCCAAGCAACAUAAGUUUAUCUUAGUAGCGAUUGAUUAUUUUACGAAAUGGGUUGAAGCGAUUCCUUUGAUUGAAGUAAGUCAAAAUGAAAUAAUAGAUUUUAUUGAGGAACAUAUUAUUCAUCGAUUUGGAAUUCCUCAAACAUUAAGUACUGAUCAAGGAACAAUGUUUACUGGUCAUAGGAUGAAAAGUUUUGCGGCUUCAAGGAGUAUUAAUAUGAUUACUUUGACUCCUUAUUAUGCACAGGCUAAUGGGCAGGUAGAAGCAGCAAAUAAGAUAUUGAUAGGCUUGAUUAAAAAUCAUAUUGGGAAUAAAUCUCGAACAUGGCAUGAGACUUUAAGUCAAGUAUUAUGGGCUUAUCAGAAUUCACCAAGAGGUUCGACAGGGACUUCACCUUAUAAAUUGGUGUAUGGCCAUGAUGUAGUGUUACCAUUAGAAAUUAAUUUAAAUACUUUAAGAGUAUCAAAACAAAAUUAUUUGCCAGUCGAUGAUUAUUGGAAUGCAAUGUUUGAUGAGUUAAAUGAGUUAGACUCAGAGCGAAUCUUAGCACUUGAUAAUGUAAUUCGACAAAAAGAAAGUGUUGCUCAAAGUUAUAAUCAUCGAAUUAAGAAAAAAUCUUUCAAAAUAGGUGAGUUAGUUUUGAAAGUCAUUUUACCGAUGGAAAAGAAAUCAAGAUUCUUGGGUAAGUGGUCCCAUAGUUGGGAAGGUCCCUUUCAAGUGAUAGGGGUAUAUUGUGGAAAUGCUUAUCAAGUUAAAGAUAUUGAAUCAGGGAAAGUGAUUAAUUUGAUUAAUGGGAAAUAUCUGAAAUAUUUCUAUUGUUGGCAAACAUAG